AUGGUUUACCUCUACGGGGUCGAGCGGGGAGCCCUGUCGGGCGCGCUGGGCUUCGGCCCGGCGGCGGCGGCGGGGGUGCUGCCCAGGCAGGAAUCCCCGCAGAAGCCGCCCUACAGCUACAUCGCGCUGAUCGCCAUGGCCAUCCAGCAGGCGCCGGAGCAGAAAGUGACGCUCAACGGCAUCUACCAGUUCAUCAUGGAGCGCUUCCCCUUCUACCACGACAACAAGCAGGGCUGGCAGAACUCCAUCCGCCACAACCUCUCGCUCAACGAGUGCUUCGUCAAGGUGCCCCGCGAGAAGGGCCACCCGGGCAAGGGCAGCUACUGGACGCUGGAUCCCCGCUGCACCGACAUGUUCGAGCACGGCAACUACCGGCGGAGGAAGAGGAAAACCCGCGGCGGGCCGCAGGCAGCGGACGAGGCCGGGCUCGACCGGGAGGGCGCCCCCGAAGAAGCCCCCAAAAGGCGCCUCUCCAACCCCGCCAGCGGCCAGCAGCAGCGCCCACGCCUCCUCCUCCUCCAGCCCGGCGCAAAGGAGGAGCCGAAGCCGAGUCCCGGCCGCCGGGAGCUUCUCCAAAGCCCCGAGGCGCCCCCGCGGGCUGCUGCUGCGCCGGCUGCCAGCCGGGCCGACCCUCUCCGACCCCCGAGGGGCUCAGCCAAGCCUCGCAGCUUCAGCAUCGAGAGCAUCCUGGCGCGGAAGGUCCUGGCGGCGCCGGCCAAAGGCGAGCCCAGCGCGGCCGGCUCCAAACUGGACCAGCUGGUGGGCAGCGGCGGGCCUGGCGAGAGCAGCGAAGCGCGCCCGGCUUUCAACGCCUCGUUGGUGCUGGAUUCCCACUUCCCCGACCGGUUCUACCAGCUGGGCAUCCCUUUCCUGUCCUACCUGCCCCUCCGCUUCCCGGAGACGGUUUUCCACUUCUAG